UUUUUCAGUGAAAUAUGACUAUUUGUUCAUUAAAGGUAAUUUACCGGUCGCACAUAUUUGAAAGGAUUCGUGUCAUUUGAGUUGUGCGAAACAAGGCCUCAUUAGUGGUAAUUCAAACAAUGCAGCAACGAUUGAAAUGACCUGCCGACAGACCGUGUAAUGAUCUGCAUCUAAUUUCGCUGUUAAUUGGGGCCCAUAUAUGGGGGCUGUGUGCUUUUGUUUAUAGUCAGUGCCAAUCAAACGAGGGACAAAAAACGAGGAAAAAUGUGCAAAACUAUGCUCAUAUUAGCUGCAUUUGUGGCCAUUCAUGAAUGCGGCAUUUUAAUCAGUCGGUAUCCGGUCGCUGAUCAUCCACAGUGCAUUUGGGUUUGGUACCCGAAAUAUCCCCGGUAUCCUACAAGAGUACCCUUGAGUACAACUGUGCCGGUGCAAACCACAACAGUAACAGCGGCUGAAGAUGCCGAAACGGAAGCUGAAGCUGUUGACACGCGAGCUGUGGAAGAAGCUACUGCAACCGAAGCUGCUUCAACUGAAGCAAAUGGUGAUGCAUCGGUCGAAUCCGAGUAAAACCGGAGUUGAGGCAAAGAGCGCAGGCUGCAAAUUAACCAAGUACUGUAUACUUUGAUAAACGGUGCUCUUUUAUUAGAAAAGUAUAAAAUCCAACCGGAA